GGGAAUCUAAUAUCGCAUUAAAGUCAUCCCUCUGCAAGCAACAAGUUGUGUUUCCGUUUCGCACGUCGCAACUUCUGACCUCUGGCAAUUUCCAGGACAAGAGUCCACCUGUUAAAUAUCUGCUAUACUCGUCGGUACGAAGAGGAUAUCAGCAGCUGAAUUCGUGAACGCACUUCUUAUUUGAGCCGCUAUAUUCUAAAAAAAGAUUCGGCCGUAUUAGCUAAUGACGAAAAUUCGACAAAAAACUCGAGGCACAAUGCUGUUCGAGUACGAGGGCGUUGACAGGAGUUCGUCAUGGCCACUUGGUUGUUGGUGGAGGGUGCCUCCCCAACGUGACAGGUUUCCUUGUCUGUGCUUGACAUGCACACCAUUCACUGUUGGAACUGCCGUUUCUGAUCAGAGCAAGUCCUGUUCCACUGAACUUAUGACUAAAUUCUGUCAUAGAAUUAGCCCGCGAAAAAAGAAAGAGAAAUCACACACGAAGACUUCAGCUGCUCCUGCCGGGAUAUCAGAAGCAGGAUUGGACUGUCACUGCCAAGGGCUUUUACUCGAAUGGAGGAACAACUGAAUUGCUCCACACGAAUGGGGCAGCCCACUGACAUUGAUACAGUAUCCGGAAGACUGUCGACAACCUUUGACCUGUACUGGACAUUUGGAGAACUCGGAUUUGGCUUUUGAGAUCAGCACUCCAGCAAUGAGAGGGGAUUACAAGGGCGAAUGUUUGAUUUGUCUGUUAUUGACACUGAACCUCACACCUCCAGUAGUCAGUUGCCGGAGACUAGUGUGCUGCCAAAAUUGUGUGAGAGAGCAGGGAUGUUGGGUCGAAGCGGCCCCCAUUGAUCUGCUCUUCUGAGGAUCUCCUUCAUAAGGUUUAACGAGCAAAACCUUCAGUCGAAAUCGAUCCAGACUCGUACUCAGUCAAAUCUGAGAGGACUGUGAAACCGAAGUGUGUUUGUUUCUUCCUGGAUCGUGAAAGGCUGUUUAUUUACGAGGGCUCCACGUUAUUCACGUUGGUUUCUUUGGAAUACGGAUGAAGAGCUCUCUGGUAGUCGAUUGUCGGACUCAUCCUGGGGACUGGAAAUUCAAGAGGUCUAAACUCUUGGUACAAAGUGUUUGUUUCCAGGAUGUACUGUAUAACUCUUACAGCAAGCUCUUUGAUUCUUGGAACGGUCUGCAUGAGGAUAUCGCAGGAGUAGCGUCUCCAGCUGACGUUAGUCAACGGCACUCGAGUCCAAUGGGGAGGAAGCGCAAUUCUCGUGACGACUCUGGGGAAAAUGGACAUGCCGAUCAAGAGACCCCAGUUGAGGAGGUAGAGAGGCAGUACUGUGAGUUCUCGAAGUAUAGUACAUCUUUACCAGAUCUUCAAGCAGGAAAGAGCCGAAGGAGUAAAUCCUCUCGAAAGUCAUUAACUUGGAAGGAGGAGGCGAAGAAGAGAAGCACGGAGUGUCUUAAUUAUAAUCCUUCUACUCCUGAGGCCAAAAUGAAGAAACCACUUGUAUUAGAUUUCAACCAUUCGGAAGAACGCGGUCCUGAUACUCGAAACACGCCGAUUGGGGAAGUAAAUAAGAAGAGUAGCUUCAGUUCGAAGUUCCCUGUUCGCACUUCAACACUGGAGAUGGGGACGCGUAAGAGCAGAAAUUACUCUGGAGUACCUGGGCCAGAAUACGCUAGCAGUCUACCACGCGAGAUAAAUCGAGGCAUUCGGGAUUCAGAAGUCUCCAUGUGUACCCCAGAAGAGAGGAGUUUGAGUACACCGAGUACCGGACUUGAUCAUGAAGCAACUCUAAUUCACAAGACAAAGAGGCGGAUGACCGAGGAAUCUGAGCCUCCCCUGUUUACUCCACUUUCUCAGAUUCGUGGGAGAGAUGCCCAUUGCAUACCUCUCACAGUAAAGCUAGCUAAAAGCCAGAAAAAGCUUUUCUGUGGCCCCGAUGACAAGGCCAAACGAUGCAAAGACGAUGAUGAGGAGGAGAGGGGGUGGGCUUCAGAUAGGAGGAGGAAGGACCUUGACCACGGGAAAUUCACAGAAGAUGAAAUUAUAAGCUUGAACUGCGGUUUGAAUCAGUUAAUGGAGGCACGGAAUUGGACCAGGGAGGAGGCUGCCAAAAUACUUACCCACCAAAGCGGUAGGGGAAAUCCACAUGCUGAAGCUCGGGGUGCCUGGAAAGAAAUUGCCAAAUUUCUACCCAGUUCUUCAAUUGUACGAGUGAACAUGAAGGUCCGUGAGCUUCUUUUUAAGGGGAAAACUGGCAGGUGGGACGCGGAGGAGACAGAACGGCUGAAACGGCUGGUUCAGAAACAUGGUAACAAUUGGACCACUAUCGCAUGUCAUUUGGGACGAUCUAAUGGAGCAUGCGCGCGAAAGUGGAGGAGUAUAAGAACGGACGAAUGCACGUUCAGGAAGAGGGGCAAAUGGACCCAAGACGAGUACGAUGAAUUAUGUAGGCAUGUUCGUGACGCAAAAGCCACUAAGAUCUUCAAGUCUACAAAGAGAAUCGGCAAGCGCAAGGUUAGAGAUGAUCUAUGCUGGGAACCAAUUGCAUUGAGGAUGUGUCGACCGGCAAACCAAUGCAGUGCGGUGUGGUAUGAACGACUGGCACCAUCUAUGCACAAGGAGCUUUGUCUUGAUGAAAAAGAUCGUCAAUGGUCAGAUGAGGAUGAUCGUCGGCUGCUUACAAGGAUGCUGAGGCUCAUGUCACCUCAUGGUAGUAUCUGUUGGCGCAAAGUUUAUCUAAAAAACAGGAAAACUGCAACUUGUAAGGCCAGGUUCAACCAAAUGACACACCCAAAAUGCCUAGGAGAGAAGCACGAAGCAACUUUACACGAGAAAUUAGAAAUUUUGGUCAGACGAUAUGCGCCGGACUUGACAGUCCAGAAUCCUAUAGGUGGAUUGGAUGAGUCCAGAAUUCAUUUGGUUGAGGAGAUGAUCAAAAGGCACGAUAGUGAAAGUGACUUUGAUAUUACGGAAUCAAGGAGGGAAGAAUACGAGUGGACAAUGAAUACGUUCGGGAGCGAUGACAGAAGAUCGACCUACAAAAGCCGUGCGGCACAUUCUCAGGGUUGUGGUGACCAGCAAGAGGAUAACAUUUUACCACUGAGGAUGGAAAAAGAGGUUGAUUGCAGAGUAAGGGGAACUCCAGGUUUCGAAACAAAACGGAGCAAGGAUCAACGCAAGAUUGAAAGGGAGAGUACGCCUUCUGGUUACAAAUUUGAGGAGAAUGAUAAUUUGAGUGCAAAUGAUUCUAUGGGAAGAGAAAGUGAGUGGGGUUGGAGUUCUCCCAGAAGGAAAGAAGAAGAUGAGUAUUCUGUACACUGUGCAGAGUGUGAUCUGGACCCCGUCAGCCAGCAUCGUCCGAGGGUCCAAGAACGUAAAACUGUAAGUAGGUAUAUUGUUUAUAAUUCAAAUCAGAGGAAUUUGGAUCUAGUCAGAGAGACUAGAGAAGAUUCUUCUGUCAAGGAUGUCAGAGUUAGUAGGAAAUGUUGUACGAGACCCAGUAGUGAAACUUCCUAUUCUUUAGAAUGCCAGAAUUGUGAUAGGAAAAACGGGGGUAAUUUUUUUUACAAUCUAACUAAGCACGAUAGGAGUAAGAAUAAGACUACAUUCUAUAGAGUCGAACAGGGAAACCAGUGUACAUCCGUCGGCCUAAAAGAUGGGAAAACCGUGCGGGAAAGUUCAUAUACUGAUGACGAAUCUACAAGCUUGGAUUUUUGAGCCUGGUCAUUAAGGUCCGAUUGUCUCUAAAACUAGAGCACAGAAUACAAAAGAUAUCAGCAGUCAAUCCAUCGAUUAAGAAAGGUAAAUAUAUUCUUGAAGACCAUUCAUAUUUUUUUUGCGUUUAUGUUUACUCAGG